AUGGCGUCUUCCAGUUCGUCCAAUUUAAAUUCGUCAAACCAGCAGCAACCAACCCGUCAGCGUAGUCCUUACACUAAGGUUCAUCAGGAAUCGAAAUUGAACGUUGCUGCUCCGGCUUUUGUAUAUCCGGCACGCGUUUCCAGUUCGGCUGGGGCGCUCCGCUGCGGCGAGAGCAUGACCGAAAUUGGCUAUUUCGGGCCGACUCAGCUUCCGGUUAACAAGCGCAUCUGGAGUAGCAUUUCCAGCUAUCCUCUGGAACAGACAGCGACCGUGCGUAGUACCACCCCGAGCCAACUCUUCCAAUACUAUCAACAGCAAGCACAGCAACGGCAGUAUCCACCGUUGCCGGCCUGUGCCUACGAACCGGUUCCCCAGUUCGGACCGAACGUCCUGUCCAAUGGAAUUAUUCAGCUGCGCUUGCGGGAUGCUGUGGUAAUCGAAAUGACCAUCGAUCGAUCGAUCAAGCUGAUGAACAACCAGGAACACGUUACGAUUGCCCUUUCCAGUACCGGUUCGUCGUCGGCCAUGAGCCACCCAAACGGAAUCGUGUUCCAGAAUGGUUCCCGCGUAGAUAUUGCCGCUUUCGACGGUAGACGCAAGAAUUCGUACGUCCGUUACGCGAAAAUGUGGCAAAAGGGCAUCAGUCUCACCAGCGAAGGUUGUGCCCUUAUCUAUCUGGUCGAUGCUGCCGGAACGCGCACCACAUCGGAUAUGAUCAACAUCGAUUUGAACGCCGACUACAUCAAUCCGGUUUUCUACAACGGAACACGAUUCGGUGCUCAGUUCUACCAGGAAGCUAAUCAGAUUGCCCAGAGUGCCAACUUUUGGCUCAAUGACGAUGGAACCGAGAUUUUCCAUGUAAACGGAUUUCGCAUUCAGCAAACGGUGGACGGGUUGGUGAAGGUGGCUCGUAUGAAUAACCGGUGCAACAUCCGCACCAGUCCGACCAACGGAUCGGCCACGAUUACUACUCCGUACAUCCACUGUACAGCCUCGAUGGGGCAAACGUCGCACCUGUUCGUACGCCGUGAAGAACGUCGAAUGCACUUCGACGGGACCUCGUUCGUAGUUCGCAAUGCGGGUCAUUCAGCUGGAUUCGACGAUUGGAAUCGCCUACGAGUGUACUAA